AUCGGCUCCCAAAAGCCUGCCCCCCGUAUUGUCACGUCACCUUAGCACCGCUUGGCCGCCAUGCAGGCGAAGGUAAAACGUGGGACAGCACACUAGCGACGUGUGGAGUUAGAAAUAACCUUUCUUUUGCUAGAUGCCUUGUGUUGGUUUUUUAUUUUUCAAAUUUUCAUUUCUGUUUAUUUUUUGGUUUUAACCGAAAUGGGAGUAGGAGUUACUUGCCUUGGACCAAUGUCAGGUGAGUGCCUGGCACAGCCCGGGAGCCCUGGCAAAGGAAGGCUCAGCAACAGGAGCCUGUGCUGGGAGAUCACAGAACCUAACUGGAGCUUGGGAGAAAGACCUAGUUCAGAAUAGCUUAAGUGGUCAUUCAGGAGUUACACUAAAAAAUACAUUAAAUUUGUUUUGUGCACUUCCCUUUUGAUUCAGGUACUGUACCUCUGUGUGUUUUAUUCACUUCCUCACCUUUGAAAAUUUAGGAAGUGUCACUGUUUGUGGAACUGAACUCUGAAGGUUUAAUUGUUGGGAAAAGUUGAAUUUGAGUGGCUGAUAGGAGAGCUCUGAAGACUUGAAGACUUCAUUUUAACUAAUAUUCAUAAAUACACAUUACCUGUAUUGAAAAGAAAGAACUACAUGGCCGCUGACUAGUGACUUUUCCAUCAAAUUCUUUUAAGAUACUGUUGUGAUAAUCACAUGAGCAGCUGGUACUUGUGUGAAAGGAAUUACAUCUGGAUUUGAUAAUCUCACCUGACCCAGACGACACUUAUUUCAAAUUAGCUUUCACCUUGUAUUUUUAAGAAUAUAUUGUAUCAAAAUAUCAAAAAUAUAUUAAAAAAUAGUAUCAAAAUAUAAAAAACCCAAACUGACUUGAGUACCCUUUUUUUUCACAAGCAGGCAAAUAUUUCUGGGUCUUUUUUUUUCUCUGUGCGUGCUGUUAUAUCUAUGGUUGAGAUCACUAGAGAGACUGGGGGUAAGGGCAAGGGGUGGGGGCAGGAAAGAAUGCUAAAUGGUCUCUCCCUUUCCUGAGAAUCCAAGCAGAUUUUCUUGCAAGUUGCAGAGCUGCAAGGGAGCCCUUAGGUACUGUGAACAUUUGACCUAGUCAGCACCUGUUUAGCCAAAAGCAAAAGCCUUUAAAUAAAUAAAGAUGUGAGUGAGAUGAGUUGACGACUCAGUGAUAAUAGAGAUGUUAUACAAUCACCAAUUUACCUAUAUUUGCAGUUAUUCAGUAUGAAGAAGUAAGGAACUGAUACUAUUGGCAUAAAACCUACACCCAUGCCUUGCUGUGUAGAUGCUGUACUAGCCAGUUAUUACCCCAUGUUCAUUAUUAAUCUCCAACCUUGGAACCCCCCAGCAUUCCUUGGUGUUGCUGUGGUACUCAUCCACAUAAUUUGCUCUUAACAGUCUCACAUUUGAUAAUAUCAGAUGUCCCACCCGUAGUAUGUAAAUAACUGAUGCAAGGUAUCUAAAAGAAGAGAGAGUAUUUGAAACUGCAGCUUUGAGGAAAACAAGUGUUGAAGUUACUCUGGUGCAUGAAAUCUAGACCAUUUGUGCUGUUCCUCUGCUUCAGAUUACUUCAUUUAUUCAGCUUUGUAUGUGGAUGCUUCAAAAAUAAAAGUAGUAAACUCAUGGGAAAUUAGGUUCUGAAAUGAAGUCUGCCUAUGAAAAUAGGGAUGUGGAAGGUUAAGCAUAUGAUGGCUUAGAAAAAUAUUCUUGGGUGCAGUACGUGACAUUGGUCCUCAGCUAUGGAGCUGUAUAGAGCGUGAGUGAGCCACUGUCCAGGAGCAGCCCCAAGCUUUAAAAAUCCUUCCUGCAAUGGCCUCAUCCCCCAGCUCUGUCUGCGAAGAAGGUGCUUACUGCCAGGCUGGGUACUGCCUCUUUGAUGUCAUGAAGCCGGAGCUCUGUGUAGCUACCGGCACUCUGUAAAUACAGUAAUAAACCAGCUGGUCUAAGGGAAGGUUUCAGCGAGUCCUCCUGACCUGUGGUGUCUUAAAAUCUCCUGCUCCUUCACGUUAAGGGAGCCUGUUUGUAAAUAGGGCAGGUCCCCUGCAUAAGGACAGUGUUUUCAUUCACACCCAAUGAACAAACACCUCCACCCACUGUUGUUGUUUUAAAAGACUCCAGCUGCUCAUGAAUAUAGGGUCAGGGAGAGCCGCCUAAAUGUUUCUCUGUGCUUUCUCCCCAGCGCAGCCAGCAGAGCUGUUUCCUGUUCUUUGUUUCAAGGCUGGGGUUUGCGUCACACAUUCCAAGUGGCAUAUGUGGUGCUCUUUCCUGUUUCAGACUGUUUUCUGGCAGUUCGGUAGCCUCGUCCAGGCCCCUUGUCACUGCCCCUCAACUCCCAAUCCCCACCCGAUGAGUUAUCAUGUCUCUACACACUCAGGAUUGCUUAAGAUGCCUGCGUUAUGUCAUAACGAGGUUUCCAAGUUAACCUUUAACGCGCGCCUUCUACUCCAAUAUAGUUAUGGGGGUGAACUGGAGUUUGUAGCUCUCUUCGUUGAAAACUUGAACUCGAGUGUCCAGAAAGUUGUGAGCCAGUUUUCUGCUCUCACUUGCUCAUCAGCUGAUCUGGAAUAGCUCCAUUAAAGUCACAGAGUUGCACUGAUGUAUAAAGAAUGUAAGUAAGAAGAAAGUUCACAUCUGUAGGCUCAUAGUUAUGAGAGGGUUUUAACUUCAGCCCUUACUCAAUCUGAAUGGCUCACUAUAAGCACUUUGUAUUUCCAAAUCUCAAAAGAAGUAGUAUUUUCUCCUUAUAUAGGCUAGGAGAUUCAUUGUCUUCCAGAUGUAAUACAGAAAAUGAGGCACUGCUAACUUUUCUUUGGCAUUAAUAAGUACGGCUGUCCCACGUUUUGCAUUUUUGAAGGCUUAAAAGUAAUUGUUUUACUUCUGUUUUUAUAUUUAUCUUUCCCCCUCACCGUGUUGCAGGCAGACAUAGUGAAAAAUUGGGAAGAAAUUGAGAAAAAAUUGAAUCUUUCUUUUGCUUUGAAUCUGACAGAAGAAGAACUAAAGGAUCCAGGCCAAAGCUCACUGAAAUCGAGAGAAAAACUUGCAUUAACUUCAGUGUGCCCUGGAUGAAAAUGCAAGAUGGAGUAUUUAUUCUUCUCUGUCUCUUAUGGGCUGGAAUAUGUAUGGUUUCUGUACACACAGUAAUACUCCCACCCUUUCAUUUUACUCUUUUUUUUUUCCCCAGUAGUUUUGAGAGUAGUCUUUUAGUUCCUGCUCUUGCUCUUCUGGAUGCUACAAGUUAGCUGUUUGAGAUCACUGAAAGUAUCUUUAGGAAGUAUCUGAAGUACACACUUCAAACUUCUUUCAGAGCUUAAUUGUAUAUGAAAAAAAAAUAUUGGAUUAUAUGCACAUACUUAAGCAAACUUUUUUUUUUUGUCUAUUCAGAAAUCCAGAUAAAAAGAAGUAUUUGGCUACACAGUUUUGCAGGACAGAACCUCAGAGGCAUCAGAACAGGGGAAUAAAAAAGAUGCUAAUGUUUGACCCAGUCCCUAUCAAGCAAGAAGCCAUGGAGCCUGUUUCAGUGUCAUACCCAUCCAAUUACAUGGACCAAAUGAAGCCAAACAAAUACGGCGUCAUUUAUUCUACACCAAGUAUGUUGCACAAUAAAUUCUACUCAAACCCUGAAGGACUAUCAAAUGGAAUCCAGAUGGAGCCAGUAGACCUUACAGUAAAUAAACGGAGCUCACCACCUUCAACUGGAAGUUCUCCCUCUCCACUAAAAUUUCAGACUGUGCAUAGGAGAAGUUCACCUGGAUUGACUCUGUCCUCCCCCAGCUCACCUCUCAGUAAAUUCACACCGUCACCCCCAGGAGUACAGCCUCUCUCUAUGCCCAUAACAAUCCCACCUGUAAUGGCCGCUGCUCUUUCACGCCAUGGACUGAGAAGCCCUGGGAUACUCCCGGUUAUACAGCCUGUUGUGGUCCAGCCAGUUCCUUUCAUGUAUGCUCCCCAUCUCCAGCAGCCCAUCAUGGUGUCCACAGUUCUUGCAGAUGAGAUGGAAACUCCAAGUAGCAUGCAAGUGCCUGUCAUUGAGUCUUAUGAGAAGCCCACCCUGAAGAAAACAAUCAAAGUAGAGCCAGGAAGCGAACCAUCAAAGACUGACUUCUAUCCUGAACAAAUGUCACCUCCAGCAAUGACCUCGUUGUCUCCUCAGCAAGUAAUGUUACAAGAGAAUCACCCUUCAGUUAUAGUUCAGCCAGGAAAGAGACCUUUACCUGUGGAAUCUCCGGACACACAAAGAAAACGCAGAAUACAUCGAUGUGAUUAUGAAGGCUGCAACAAAGUCUACACUAAAAGCUCCCACCUGAAAGCUCACCGAAGAACCCAUACAGGAGAAAAGCCGUACAAAUGCACUUGGGAGGGAUGCACGUGGAAGUUUGCUCGUUCCGAUGAACUGACGCGGCAUUUCCGCAAGCACACGGGAAUCAAACCCUUCCAGUGUCCAGACUGUGACCGGAGCUUUUCACGUUCAGACCAUCUUGCUCUUCACAGGAAACGCCACAUGCUAGUCUGAAUGUCUUCUGUCCCUGACUCCUGUCACACUUCUUUUGUUUUUUACACAUGCAUUUUAAUUUGGAUUCAGCUGGUCUGGAUCUCUGAGUUUAUACCAUUAAAAGCUUACGUAUGGUCAGUAA